AUUUACAGCGCUCAAUAUAUAGACACGACAGACACCCAUCCCGCCGCUCGGCACUCUUUGGUGCAGGUCUGCAGGUCCAUCACGCCGACGGCGACGACAACGACGACGUGUCAGUCGAGACAGCCCCAACGCAACCCCCCCACGCACCCCACGACACACACACCACACACACCACCGACACGCUGAUCCAGAUCAACUAGACCGAACUAUAGAUUCGACACAUCGCCUUCCUUCUCAUCCACAUCGCCCAACAUGAGGCUAGGCACCUCGGCCGUCCUCGGCGCGCUCUCGCUCUUCGGCCUCGCAGCAGCGCAGAACUGCACAAACUAUGGCGAGGCUUCCGGCGGCACGAGCUGUCUCUGCCCCGCAGGCUUCAACUCGCCCCAGUCGAGCAACUGCGCCCAGCCAAACUGUGGCGCCAACAUCUUCAACCCCAGCAGCACGGCCGCACCCGGCGGCAAUGUCUCGUCGUGCGCGUGUACCGACGGCUGGAGCGGUCCCUCGUGUACCUUGUGCUCGACCGGCGCGUCGUGCUUGACCGCGCUGGGCAAGUACAUCGACUCAAGCUCGGGAGCCGGUGGGCUCGCAUCAGCUGCCGUCAACUCGACGCUCGUGUGCUCCAGCUCCCCGACAGUCUACACUGUCGGCCAGUUGACGUGCUCCAUCGUCCAGUCGACGAUCCAGAGCCUGUUCCCGCUGCCGAUUACGCUGUCCAUGACGCGUGCGCUCAACACGUCCAAGACGCCCGGCGGCGCCAGCACGCUCAAGAGCGCAGGAAUGACAAGCAGUGACGGCGAGAUCUGGGCGCAGGUCUGGUACCAGGGCCACGAGCAGUUCUACUGCCACGCGUCGGGGUGCAACCAGACCGUGUCGAACGGCACGAGCUCGUCCGAGUGGGUCUGCCCCGAGCUCGCGUGCACCUGCCCUCCCGGAACGACGUUCUGUACCGGCUUUGCGGGGUCAAUCCUCGGCGGCAUCAUCACGACCGUCAAGGGCCCACUCACGGUCGACUGCGACACGACCGGCGCGUGUGGCUUCAAGCAGAAGGACCUCGUUGGGUUCUUUGGCGCCAACGGUCUCCCGCUCACGUCGUGCAAGUUUGGCGAGUGUGUGCAGCAGUUUGUCAUUUCGCAGUCGGAGGGGAUCCACGCCGCCAUCGUCUCCAACGGCGGGUUGAGCGGUGGCGUUAUCGCCGGACUGGCUGUUGUCGGUGCCUUCCUGCUUCUCGUUCUCGGCAUUCUCAUCUGGGGCCUGAUCGCGCGAUCCAAGGCGCGCAAGCGCGUGUCGGACGGCUCGCUCGAGAAGCGCGGCGGCGUCGGCGUGUCCUGGAGCGGUGUGGGAUACGAGGUUCACGCCCACGGGCGUGGCGCGUACGCUGCCGUCGUCGGCUGGCUGCGUGGCUUUGACACGCCCCGCCGCCGCGCAAGGCUCGAGGCAGAGAAGGGCAUUGCGCCCGGCCCGAACGGCGGCAAGGUCAUCCUGCAAAACUGCUACGGCAACGUGCCUGCCGGUUCCAUGCUCGCGGUCCUUGGUCCCAGUGGUGCCGGCAAGUCGACACUCAUUGACAUCCUUGGCCAGAAGCGCAAGGCAGGUAUCGUGGAGGGCAAGGUCGCGUACCACCCUGAGGGGAAUGACGGGCGCCGCAUCAAGGUCGGCUUUGUUGACCAGUCGGAUAUCCUCGCGCCCACGUCUACAGUAUACGAGACGCUGCUGUUCUCCGCGCGCCUCCGUCUGCCUGAGAAUGUGCCCGACUCGGUCAAGCAGGAGCGCGCGCAGCUCGUGCUCAACCAGCUUGGUCUCUCCCAUGUCGCCGACACUCGUAUUGGUUCUGGCGAGAUCCGCGGUAUCUCGGGUGGUGAAAUGCGCCGCGUCUCUGUUGGAACAGAGCUCGUCGCCGCACCUGAUGUGCUCGUGCUCGACGAGCCGACUUCGGGUCUCGACUCGGUCUCGGCUGCUCGCCUCAUCUCUCUGCUCAAGUCGCUCGCCGAGGACCCGAACCAGCGCACGACUAUCAUCGCCUCCAUCCACCAGCCCAGCUCAGCCCUGUACCACAUGUUUGACCAGGUUCUUCUUCUUGCCCACGGUCAGCAGCUGUACUUUGGCCCGGCAGGCCACCACCCCGUCGACUUCUUCGCUGAGCAGGGCCACCCCUGCCCGGCCGACUACAACGUCGCUGACCACCUAUUGGACAUUGCGAGCGAGCCUGGUCUUCGUCUGCGGACCGGCGUCGACGCAAUGGUUCCUUCCGUCACCCACACUCCGUAUGAGGCGUCGUACCACUACUCGCGCGCGUCCGAGGGACGCAGUGAGCGCGAGAUGCCCCACAACGCCAGCGACGAAAAGCUCUCGCCAAACGCCGCAUCAAAGUACCCGCCCGGUAUGAACAUGAACGGCAACCAGGUCGACCUUGCUCAGGUGUCCAAGGCCGCCGGCAAGAGCUGGUUUGACGCCGGCAACAAUCCCGAGACGACCUUCCUCACCCAGGUCGCCGUGCUCAGCGGCCGCGAGAUCAAGAACCUCAAGCGCGACAAGACUUUGCUGCUUGCUCACGUCGCUCUCGCCUCUGUCUCGGCUGUCUUCUCGGGUGGCCUGUAUUUCAAGGCCAAGCUGACGAUUGGCGGCUUCCAGAACCGCGUGGGCAGUCUCUUCUUCCUCGCAUCGCUCAUCGCCUUCUCGGCGCUGAGUGCGCUGGCCAACGUUAUCGAGGUUCGCCCGCUCUUCCUCCGCGAGCGCGCGAGCUCGCUCUACUCGCCUCAGGCGUGGCUCACUGCUCGCCUCCUCUUCGACAUCGUCCCGCUGCGUCUUCUGCCUGCCGCCAUCCUCGGCAUUGUCGUGUACUGGAUGGUUGGCCUCGCACCCAGCGCCGCGCGCUUCUUCAAGUUCCUGCUCAUCCUGCUCGAGUUCUGCCUCAGCACGACGCUGUACAACUUUAUGCUUGCCGCCUGCUUCUCCCACGCCGGUGUGGCGAUCCUCCUGUCGUCGCUGUACAACCUCUUCCUGAUGACGUACGCCGGCUUCUUUGUCAACCUCAACACGAUCCCGCCCGUGCUCCGCUGGCUCCGCUACUUCUCUACGCUGGGGUACGCGCUCGAGGCUCUGACGGUCAACGAGGUCGGCUCGGGCAUCCAGAUCAUCGACAACCUGAACGGCGUGGCGAUUGACGUCAACGGCGCGUUGAUCAUGGAGACGCUGUUUGGUUUCCAGCUCGGCCACUACUACCGCAACGUGCUGAUUUUGGUGGCCUUCAUUCUGGGCUUCCUCGCCAGUCUCAUCUUCUGCGUGUUCUUCAUGUUGCGAGAGAAGAGGUAGAGUGGGGACGGAGGUGGUGUUGUUUUGAGAUUCGAUUUGGUAGUAGUGCGUGUUGGCAGCAUGUUAUCGAGUUGUGUUAGA